AAGUGAAGUGAAUAUUCAGAGAGUGCUUAAAGCUUGAGGCAAGUGCGGUUCCGGCUGGACAAUAUGAUGGACGUAAGCAGCAUGUACGGCAACCACCCGCACCACCACCACCCACACGCCAAUGCCUACGACGGCUACGGAGGCAGCACCACCCCCGGCACCGCUGGCAAUGCCGCCAGCUACUUUGGCCAACAGCAGCUGCAAAACCAGACGCAUCAUCACCUGCAGCAGCAACACCACCAGUUGGUGCAACAGCAACACCAGCAGCAACACCAGCAACAUCUUACCUACAGUGGCUACGAGAGCAGCUCGCCCGGCAGCUACUAUCCCCAGCAGCAGGCGCAGUUGACACCACCGCCGCAAGGCAACCACCAGGUGGUGCAACAACAGCAGCAGCAGCAACAACUCUACCCCCACUCGCACCUCUUCAGCCCCAGUGCAGCGGAGUACGGGAUUACCACCAGUACGGGAAUGGGCAAUCCGGGUACUCCUCUCCACCCAACCAGUCACUCGCCGGCGGACUCCUACUACGAGAGCGACUCCUCUUACUAUGCCACCGCGGCAGUGGCGACAGUGCCACCGCCCGCCAACAACUCACCCGUGACUGCCACAAACGCCAGCAAUCCGCAGCAGCAACAGCAGCAGGGAGCAAUCAUAAGCUCGGAGAAUGGGAUGAUGUACACCAACCUGGACUGCACUUAUCCCACGGCCCAGGCCCAGGCUGCGGUCCAUGGGUACGCCGGGCCUAUUGAGGAGAAGUACCCCGCCGUAUUGCACGCCAGCUACGCCCCCGGACUAAUCUUAGACGAGCCGGACGCCAUGAUGCAGCAAGCCACGCAGUCGCAGAUGUGGCACCACCAGCAGCAUUACACCCUAGACGCCAUGGACACGCUGGGCAUGCAUGCCCACAUGCAUCAUGGCCUGGCUCAUGGGCAUUUGGCCAAUUUGGCCAGCAACCCGCAGCAGCAAAAUGCCCAGCUCCAGCAGCAGGCGGCACACCAGCAGGCGCAGCACCCACAGAAUCAGUCGCCAGCGGCACACCAGCAGCAGCAACAGCAGCACCAGAACUCGGUGUCACCCAAUGGAGGAAUGUCCCGCCAGCAACGCGGCGGAGUGAUCUCGCCUGGCAGCUCCACCUCCUCCUCCACUGCCUCGGCCUCGAAUGGGGCACAUUCUGCGAGCACACAAUCAAAAUCGCCAAACCACGCCAUCACCUACAAGUGGAUGCAGCUCAAAAGGAAUGUUCCCAAGCCACAAGCCAAACUACAUACCAGCGGUAUGGCCAAUAUGAACGAUUACCAGAUGAAUGGCCAGCUGGACAUGUGCCGGGGAGGCAGCAGCGGCGGCAACGGUGUCGUCAACGGUUCUGUGGGAGGGAACGGAUCCGUUGGGAUCGGCAACGUCCUGGCCGUGCAGAAUUCCCUAAUGCUGGGCAACAAUGCGGCGGGGGGUAAUGGUCUUUCCAACGGCAUGGGCGUGAGCAGCAUGUCCAGCAACACCAACAACUCCGGCCGGACCAACUUCACCAAUAAGCAGCUGACGGAGCUGGAGAAGGAGUUCCAUUUCAAUCGCUACUUGACACGGGCGCGACGUAUUGAAAUUGCCAAUACACUGCAGCUAAAUGAAACGCAGGUUAAAAUCUGGUUUCAGAAUCGCCGCAUGAAACAAAAGAAACGGGCCAAGGAGGGCCUAAUUCCAGCAGAUAUCCUGGGUCCUGUUAUCAGCGAAAAGCCAGUUCCUCCGCCACAGCUGCAACAGCAGCAGCAUCCGCCGGAGUUGCAGAUGAAACCGCAGACUAGCGAUCUGGGCAGCAGUGAACUGACCGCUGCAGCAACAGCAACCGUGGCAGCAGCAACAUCCGUAUCUGCAGCAACAUCCAAGCAAAGUUGAACUCUCUUCUGAGAUGUGAUUGUUAUUGUUAUUGGUGUUGUUGUUUUGUUUGCUGCCAAAAUGUUGACGCAUUUCGUUGUGAUAAAUUAAUAGAAAAUGCACAAAAAAUCAGAGAAAAAUAAAUUAUAUUAGUGAAAUAAAAAUAAGUAAUAAUUACAUCGUAUUGUAGAAAAAUCUUUACAACAUUUGGUAAUCAAACGGUAUGAUCCUACAUGUGGAAUCGAGGUGCCAUCUGGGGGCUGUAAAUACUUAAACAUAGACAUUGCAUUGCCACUGCAGAAGUUUGUUCAACUAAAUAGCAUAAACUAAACUCAGGGUUAUUUAAAUAUUAAUCUUAAUGGCACGCAGAGCAAUUGACAAAAUACUUACUUCUAACAACUGAAUCAAAAGCAAAAUCCAAAAUUUAAAUAAUA